AUGACCCGUCACAUCCUCACCCCGUCGGGUCGCUGCUUCACCUGCGACAAGAUCAAGGCCGCCGAUGUCUACAGUUCAAAGGGCGAUGUUGGGCCCCCUUUUUUCGGUCCUAACCACCCCAAGGAUCCCAAGACCAGGGCCCAGAGGAAGACUAGAGGCGACAAGAAGUCGGUGGCAGCCCAGAUGUUCGAGAAUGUCGCUCUCGUCGCCUCCAGAGCACUCGGCAAAGGUUCCGCCGCGGCCGGCCCCUCCGCUGAGCGCGUGAGCCUGCCUGGCUUUGGUCUGCCUGCCGACCACGACCCCAACUGCGUCAAGGCCUUCCCCCAUGCCAUCGGAGACAUGAGCGUCCUCCAGAGCCUUGGCGUCAGCUACAGAGAGCGCCGCAUGAUGGCCUUUAUCGGCUCCAUCACCGACAAGCCCGAGUGGGAGCGCAAGGUCUUUGACGAGAGCAUCGUCGCCAAGUGGAAGGAGGAGGCCAUGAGCAUGACGGCCCCGACAGAGGACGACAACUUUGACGACCAGGAUGACGUUUUUCUCUCGGAGAAGAUGUUCCAAAACUGUAUCCUUGAGCUGCAGGACAAGGCUACCCGCUUCAAGGAGACGGGUCUUAUCAACACCAUUGAUGCCGAGGUAACUGUGGUCAAGUCUGACACCAACGUCUCUCCUGACCUCGCUGCGGCCCUCAAGUCCGCCGUGAAGGUGCUUGAGGACGUCCCUGAGAGCUUCAAAGACUGGCACCCCCGCUCAGACAACCUAGUCUUGGAUCUGCUUCAUCCCUCGCUCUUCCCCGUCGUAUACGGCCAGUCAUAUGUCCUUCCCUCGGAGAAGAUCACUCUCCAGAGCUGGAACAGCUACGAGUCAACGCCAGAACUCGUCCCCGGAUUCCAGAAGAGCGAGGAGGAUCGUCCCUUCGGCAGUUUGCCUAUCGGCUGGGGCAGCUACCAGUGGCUUCCCACCGACAUCAAGUGGACCGAGGCCGGCCCCAGCAUCGCAGGCUACAUCAACAACCUCCAUCCGGAGGAGCACAAGGUACUAUACCCAGUGCUGGAGAAAUUUGUUGGUGCCGCGGUCCCGAUGUGGGAAGAGUGCCUGUCUUGGUGGUCGGACCGCCGCAGGCAGAAGUUCAGCAGAACCGACGACGAGGAGGACUACUACCUACCUGAAGGCGCGGCCUAUGACAUCCCCGAGGACAAUGAUGGCGACGACUACAAGUGGACCGACGAGUAUGAGGAGUGGUGGACGCAGCACCGCAUCAUCAAGUUCCGGGAGCCCGACGACUUCAAGCCCUUUGCCGAGCAGGUUGACCUCUCGGCCCGGCUCGACUUCACGCGCGAGUUCCCCGACGGCCUGCAGGUCAUCUUCAAGCUGGCCAACAUCCACCUGACGCCCGAGAAACCGCGCUACGGCGGCGGCACCUGGCACAUCGAGGGCGCGCUCAACGAGCGCAUCGCCGCCACGGCGCUCUUCUACUACGACGAGGACAACAUCACCGAGAGCCGGCUCGCCUUCCGCCAGGGCAUCGACUCGGAGCACCUCAUCAUGAUCCCCGAGCAGAGCGCCCACACCUCGCUCGAGAAGUACCUCGGCGUCGAGCAGGACGGCAACCCCAUCCAGAACCUCGGCACCGUGCUCACCCGCCCGGGCCGCAUGCUCGCCUUCCCCAACGCCCUGCAGCACAAGGUCCAGCCCUUCGAGCUGGCGGACCCCAAGCGCCCCGGCCACCGCAAGAUCCUCGCCAUGUUCCUCAUCGACCCCUACCGCCGCGUGCUGUCGACGGCCAACGUUCCCCCGCAGCGCCGGGACUGGUGGGCGCCCCAGGUGCGGAGCGUGCCGGCCUUUGCGCGCCUGCCGCUCGAGAUCUUUGAGCACAUCAUGAGCUUCGUCGAGUUCCCGCUGUCGUGGGAGUGGGCGGUCGAGACGCGCGAGGCGCUGAUGGAUGAGCGGAGCGCCAUGACGGGCAAGGUGGAGGAGGAGAUGAACGAGAACGCAAUUUCAUUCUGCGAGCACUAA